UUCUAUGAUUUUAUUUAAAUUCCAGAGUCGGUGCUCCCAGCGACUUGUGUGGUCUUAGAGUUUUAUAAAAUCUGUGAUGGCGGAGCGCAAGAAAUUGAAGAAGAAGGGGAAGGAGCCAUCCACGUUGGUGUGUGAGGUUCCUCUGAAGCCUUCAAAAGAAGAAUACGCGAUUGCGAAGUACCUUCGACAGAACUUACCGGUGAAGCGAACUAAGUUCCUACAACACACAGUGGAAUUCUUCACUGCGUCGAAAGCAAUUGACAUGCUAUUGGAAUCUCCGUGGGGCUCCGACAAGAGCAAAACUACUGUGAAAUUUACUACUCGUGAAUCCGUAGUGAAUUACAUGGACAUAAUGUUGCGGCAUAAACUAUUCCACCGAGCUCGACGUGUGCCGAUCAAAGCGCGAGAUUUACGUGGAAAGGCACUGAAAAAGUUUCAAGAAGAACAGGAAAAGAUGAAAGAAGUCGAAAAACAAAAGUCAGCGAAGGAUAAAAAAAAGAAGCUGACUAAUCGUGAAGAAGGAGAUGGUGACGCUAGAACUGGGGAUGAGAAGUCUCCAAGUGACAAUGAAAAUGCAGCUAAGAAAGAGGAAAGUGACGCUUCAAACCGUGAAAAAGAGGGCAAGGAAGAUAAAUCGAAGUCUGAACAAGGGCCCAAGCGACGCAUCAAAUUGGAAAUGCAUUUGUCUCAGGUUUUCGUUGACGGAAGCGAUGCGUACGUUUGGAUUUACGAUCCCACUCCUUGGUAUUAUUGGCUGCUUUCCAUCCUCGUUGUACUGGGGGCAAUUGCUCUUUGUCUUUUCCCAUUGUGGCCGUCAUCAGUCAGGAAGGGAGUGUAUUAUUUGAGCUUGGCUGGAGCUGGAUUCCUCAUAUUCAUUCUUGGAUUGGCGGUUGUGCGCAUGUUAAUUUUUGCGCUGAUAUGGUUGCUGACACUGGGACGGCAUCAUCUGUGGCUGUUGCCGAAUCUAACGGAAGACGUUGGCUUUUUUGCAUCUUUCUGGCCGCUUUUUCAGUACGAGUACAAGGGUCCUAGUUCAAAUAAGUCAGAAGACGACGAAGAGGAAGAGGAAUCCUCCGGAAGCGAAUCCGAUACUGAAACGGAAGAUAUUUCCAAGGCAACGGAUUCUGAAAGGACGAAAUCCGGAAAGAAUGAUCAGAAAGGCCAGGUCACUGAGCACAAAAAAGAUGAGAAUGAACCGCGUAAGGAAGAGGACGACGAGGGUUCUCAGAGCAGUAGAAACUCGCAAACAGACAAAGAGUUUGAAAUAAUCGGAGAAGCAACAGAAGAAGAAGGCGAAUGAAAUAUUUACGUCGACCGGCGUUCUCGAUAGACAAUGCCGUUUGUUGUAAAGAAGGAAAAUUGUUUUGGUUGUCUUUUUUUGCGGAAAUAUUCCAUGCUGCGAUGACGGAAACCUGCAGAUCCUAUGUGAUUGGGAGAAGUUCGUCGCUCGCAUGCUGACGGAUGAACUCGUUAUUUAUUUAUUUGGUUUUUGCUGACGUGGUGCGUUUUGAAGAUUUACCGUCGAUGAAGUCAUGAUCCUGUUCAAUAUGAGUAAUUAUGACCUUUUGUGUAUUUCCGGAUUUUAGAAUCUUGAUUUUACUGUUAUUCUUACGGCGUUUGUUCAUACACACGUACGAACUAGCUUCCGGUAAUUAACCUUACUGGUGAGCGUAAUCUCAACCAUUUGCUUCCGCAUUUCAAUGUUUGAAGGAGUUCUGUUCGGGUGCUACGGAUUUCGUGGUGUUAUUUUCUUUUCAUCAUUUUAUUCCGAUUGAAGUGGGAAUUAAUACAUGCAGAAUAUUUCUCGAGGGUUUUUAGUGUUAUCCUGAAAAUUCGCUCGGUAAUUCAAGAUGAGGGCUUGCGGGCCGUGCAUUCCAGUUAUGUUGGUGAUUGUAGCACUUCCACCAUCUUGAUUUCGGGUUUUAUGUGGGUAAACUUUUUUGUUAAACAUCCUGCCAAUUCAUUUUUUAGAAGCUUUGUGUCUUCCAAGUUCUGUUGAAUUUGUUUCUAUAUGGUAAUCUCAUUUUGAUUUUGUGAUCAGUGGUUGAAUUUAUGAUGCCCUUGUGGACUUUCAAAAUCUAAUUGAGUCCUGCAUUGUUUUGUUGUUGACGCAUGAUUUUUCAGGACAGAUCGAAAUAUAUUUUCUUCUAGCUGCUGUGGGAA